GUGGGAGUGUCCCUGAAGUUGUCAAAGCUGCUGGAGAGGGGACGAGAGAGGGAGAGAGAGCAGAGGAGAAAGUUAUAAAGGGAUGGAAAUCAAAGGAAUAAACUUCACAUAGUUCGUACACAGGCUGGGUGGACAGCAGGCACUGACCCUUCACUGCGAUACGGACACGAGCUCUCAGAUUCUUUGGCGAGAACAAGGUGGGGCGUAAGAACUCAGAAGUCCUUGCCCAGCUGGACUGAGCAGAGCAGGAACAAUGGAGUCCUAAGGUCAGCCUGCCCAGAGGUGGCCACAAGUGCUAAUGCAGUUUCCCCCUUGGUUUGUAUUUUCACCAUGCAGUGGAGCACGUGAUGGAAGAUGUCCUUCUCGGCUGUGAAUGGCUUGGACGCUGGCCAAGAAGAUGACAAAGAUGUCGCAGAGACUGCGGUGGAGGAGAGUAUAGACUGCGCACAGUAUCAGGUGAAGCAGGAGUAUGAGGUGGAGGAGGUUCGUGACCAGGUCACCGACAUCCACAAUGGUUCAUUCUCCUCCGAGCCCGAAUGCUUGCUUUAUGUCAGUGGAGACGAGCCCAUGAUAAAGCGAAAGAAGGGCCCAGCCCCGAAAAUGCUGGGGAACGAGGUUUGCAGCGUCUGUGGGGACAAGGCAUCGGGCUUCCAUUACAAUGUGCUAAGUUGCGAAGGCUGCAAGGGCUUCUUCCGCCGCAGUGUCAUCAAGAACGCACAGUACACCUGCAAAAGCAGCGGCAAGUGUGAGAUGGACAUGUACAUGCGCAGGAAAUGCCAGGAGUGUCGACUACGGAAAUGCCGGGAAGCUGGAAUGAGGGAACAUUGUGUUCUGUCAGAAGAGCAGAUCCGCAGCAAAAAGCAGAAGAAGCGGGAGGAGGACCUGGCGCAGGCGGUGUUGACGGCUGCAGAGGACUCACCGGUGACCACGGACAAGGCACGGCUGACUCCAGAGCAGGAGGAGAUGAUCCAGCAGCUGGUGGCUGCCCAGCAGCAGUGCAACAAGCGGUCGUUCAGUGACCAGCCGAAAGUCACGCCCUGGCCACAAAGUAACGACCCCCACAACCGGGAGACAAGGCAGCAACGCUUUGCCCACUUCACGGAACUGGCGAUCAUCUCAGUCCAGGAGAUUGUUGACUUUGCCAAACAGAUCCCGGGAUUCCUCGACCUCUCACGGGAGGACCAGAUUGCACUAUUGAAGGCAUCUACGAUUGAGAUAAUGUUGUUGGAGACAGCACGGCGAUACAACCAUGAGACGGAAUGCAUCACUUUCCUCAAGGACUUCACGUACAGCAAGGACGACUUUGCACGAGCCGGGUUGCAGUUUGGGUUCAUUAACCCAAUCUUCGAAUUUUCAAAAGGCAUGAGGAAGCUGCAGCUCGACGAUGCUGAGUACGCUCUGCUCAUCGCCAUCAACAUCUUCUCUGCAGAUCGGCCCAACGUUCAAGACCACGAGCUGGUGGAGAGGCUCCAGCAGCCGUAUGUUGAAGCACUUCAUUCAUACUUGCGGAUCAAGCGACCAAAGGACCAUCUGAUGUUCCCUCGCAUGCUGAUGAAGCUAGUCAGCCUCCGAACCCUGAGUAGUGUCCACUCCGAGCAAGUCUUUGCUCUCAGGCUCCAGGACAAGAAGCUGCCGCCCCUGCUCUCCGAAAUCUGGGACGUCCAUGAAUGAAGGAGAGCAAGGCUAUGAGCUGGAGAGGAGAGGAGAGGGUGGAGUGGAUGUUUCUUUUCAAACCUAGAAAUGGAACGGAGGAAGAUUUAAAAUAAAAAUAGCCUGUCUUUUUUUUAAAAAAAAUGCAAAGGAAAAAAAAAUGCAAGAGGGCCUGACCAACACAGGAGAAGGGAGAAUUUUGUUUUUGUAAGAAAGAACAGCUGUCGAACUUUACAUGAACACAGGACACGAUAACUGGAUGCUGUGGAGGUGUCCAUCACUGCACUUACUGGACUGAGCUCCACUCCUUCCCAAAGCAGUGGUAUCAUUACCCCUGCCCACUUUACCUGCUAUAUCUGUUGUUUAACAUGCAUUGUCUCCCCAUCCCCCCCCAAAAAAAGAUUUUAACUGAUUAUUUGGGAGAUAUUUUUUGCCCAAUAAUAUAUAUGUGAAGUUCAAUGUUUUUUUUUAAUGAGCUAAUUUUCAGACCUAGAUCAAAUUCAAUCUGGAAUUGGAAAAUCGUUGUGGCUGUGUGUGUGUGUGUGUGUGUGUGUGUGAGAGAGACUGUAUGAGACUCUGUGUGUGCAUGCACGAGUGUUUUCUCCUGCAAGUUUUGUCAUGCUAUAUGAAGGGAAUAGAUGUACAACAGCCAAUGUAUUACAGAGAUGAAACCUAUUUAGUUUUAUAACAAACACAAGCACUACAUCCUGUUGGUGGUAUUGAUAGCUGAAGCAAUGAAUUGUCAAGUCAGUGGUGUGACUCCCGGGAGUCUGAUAAUGAUCUAUGUAUUCACUGCUUGUAUUACUGGGGCAUAAAAGUCAUUUUCUCUCAAGGAAUCAACUUAAUCCGGGGUCCUGUUGAUGUAAAUGUUAUGUUUUUGCUUGGAUAUCCAUGAUGUUUAGGACUCUGCAUUCGGCUAACCCCAGUCAGUGGCAUAGUGUUCCUGUUUCUUUGUGGUAAUGGGACAGUUUCUGUCUCUUACUCAGUUUGUCUGCCUCUAUCCUCUCUCAGGUGGCUCACCCUCACUCUGCCACUCUCACUUAGACCAGACCCCACCAUGCCUCGCUCCAUCUGCCUCACUCAGUCCUUGUCUCUGACUGGAUUUUGCUGGCAAGUGUACAUCUCAUUCUCUGCGUGUCCUGCCCCCCCUCACUCCCUCCCCUGACCCCCCCCCCUUCCCCGCCAACUCCCUCCCCUGCCCAGCAGUAGGUUUUGGGGAUAAUUGGAGGGAAGAUUUUAUAGGGACGAAACCUCACCCACGGCCAAAGAAUCUGGGUUAGAUGUCCGAUUGCAGGACAGACUGGAGGAGUAGCAGCUUUUGCUUGAGAUGUUAUUCCUGCCCCAAGUUUGGGAAUGUAACCCUUCUCCCCCCCACCCCCCCCGUGUCCGUGCAGUGGGAGGGGGGAACAGGCCGCUCACUGCUCCAAUUCCACCAGUCAGGUCAACGUUGGUGCCACCUCACUCCGAAACGUUUCACAAGGUGAUUUAAAACAAAAAUUAGAUGGAUAUUUUCAACAAAUAUUCUUUGUCAACACUUUCACACCGGCUUCUGGUAUAAAUCACCAUGGAUAUAUACACAGUAAGAGACAAUUCUGUAGACCCACAGCCCUUUGCUCCUUGUGAACUGCAGGGAGUCUCCUUCUGUUAACUAGUUACAGACCAGCCAAGUUCUAAUCGAUCAGCAGGUUGGUGGUAAAAAGGGGUUGAAUUUGCCCUUUCCCAUCUGCCAUGUUGCCCCCAGUUCACCCCCACCUGAAGACAGGGAGGUUAUGUGCUGGGGGCGGGGUCUCUGGAAGCUGUCCGACAUCACGGCUGAUCUGCCCUGGCCGGUGGUGGUCACCUUGAGCUUGAAGCAUGCCCUUGCCCAAUGUGCACACAUUCCUGCCACGGCUACCAGGUACAGACCUUUCCUGCCUUUGGGACAAUUAUAGUGAGCUCAACUCUUCAGACAACUCCCAAUGGGCUGGCAAUUGAGCCCCAGACCACUAGAAACUCCAUUGUUGACUCAGGUCCCUCUAAUUCCUUGUCCACAUCCAUUUACACAAGGACUCAGAUGUAACACAGCAGUUCAAUUGUUUCUGGAGUCGUGCAACAGAGAGUAGGGGGUCCAAGUCAGACGUUGUUUGUAUUGUAACUCUUGUUUGGUUGGGGAAGAGGUUUGGGUUGGAAAUGGACGUGCCUGAGAGGGCAGGCGGGAAACCCUGCUCCCAGGCCCUGUUCGAUACUGUGCAUUGGGUCUGUUGCUCCAAGACUGAAGAUAAAGUUGAAGGCUAAUUGAAUUCCUUUACAACUUCCAAUUUGGGGAAGCACUUUAGAAUGAAUAAAACGAUCACAAGUUUU